AAAGGACCGUAAGACCUCGCCGACAUGUUCUCGGAGCCCCCAACCCCAGGGCCUCCAGCGCCCGACACGCCUCCUGACUCGAGUCGCAUCGGCCACGGCCCUGUACCCCCCUGGGCCCUGGCCGCAAUCGUUCUGGUCUCAGGCCUCCUCGUCUUCGGCUGUUGUUUCUGUGUCUACCGGAAGCGCUGUCGGAGGCGGUUGGGCAAGAAGAGCCAGGCCCAAGCCCAGGUCCACCUUCAGGAAGUGAAGGAGCUAGGCCGGAGUUACAUAGACAAGGUGCAGCCGGAGGUGGAGGAGUUGGAGCCAGCACCAUCUGGGCCAGGGUCACAGGUGGCCGAGAAGCAUGAGCUUGGACGACUGCAGUAUUCACUCGAUUAUGAUUUCCAGAGUGGCCAGCUGCUGGUGGGCAUCCUGCAAGCUGAGGGAUUGGCAGCCUUGGACCUGGGGGGCUCCUCCGACCCCUACGUGCGGGUCUACCUGCUGCCGGACAAGCGGAGGCGGCAUGAGACCAAGGUGCAUCGGCAGACACUGAACCCACAUUUUGGGGAGAACUUUGCCUUCAAGCAGGAAAAACUAGGUGACAUCUGCUUCUCCCUCCGCUAUGUCCCUACGGCCGGGAAGCUCACUGUCAUCGUCCUGGAGGCUAAGAACCUGAAGAAGAUGGACGUAGGAGGGCUCUCAGAUCCGUAUGUCAAGGUCCACCUGCUGCAGGGCGGCAAAAAGGUGCGUAAGAAGAAAACGACCAUCAAGAAGAAUACACUGAACCCCUAUUACAAUGAGGCCUUCAGUUUCGAGGUGCCCUGUGACCAGGUGCAGAAGGUCCAGGUGGAGCUGACGGUGCUGGACUAUGACAAGCUGGGCAAGAACGAGGCCAUCGGGAGGGUGGCCGUAGGGGCUGCAGCCGGGGGAGCUGGCCUGCGGCACUGGGCAGACAUGCUGGCCAACCCCCGGCGGCCCAUUGCCCAGUGGCACUCGCUGCGGCCGCCUGACCGAGUGAGGCCGCUGCCUGCACCCUGAUCCCCACUUCAAGCCCCUUGCCAAGCCUGGACUCGGCCCCUGACCUCAGACUCCUGGCCAAAGCCACACCCAGGCCUACCUUUAAGCCUACUCUGACCACUAACCACCCCCACCCCACCCCAAACUGACCCAUUCCUGCCUUGCCACCCCCCAUUAUACCAAUCAUGGUGACUUGCCAACUUUCCCACCAAGCACACACCCAGAAGCCCCAGGGACCCCUGGGGGAGAGGAGCAAUCUGGACUCCCCCAACCCCAGCCUCCCACUCUCUGCUUUGACAAUCAGUGACCCAGCCUUCUACCCUCUUCACUCCCAGUGCCCCUCUUCCUGCACAGGAUCACCCCCUCCUGUCCCUAGUCAGAUUCCUGCACUGCUCCUGGGACCAAAUAAAUACUCAGCAACUUUGGU